UGCUCCUAUUAUAAUGAUUGUUUUAAACUAUUAUAUUCAACGCUUCCUACUAAACAUACAAUAGAAGCAAUGUUAAAUUCAGAUGCAUAAUACAAAUAGUAUAAUAAUACACACACUAACAAUUUAAAUUUAAAAUUUGCAUUUUGAGACGUCUGAGAAGUCACGCGAAAGAGGGCGCUAAAUCAAAACAAAACAACUGACGCGCUGAUGCUCUUUGUCCGCUAGAUUCCACAUUUGUAUUUUGUUUUUGUUUUCUUUUUGGCCAAUGGUUUGUCGUAAUAUAAUAUCCAUCAGGGCUUGAAGGCUAUUAAUAUUUCGUUAGUGCAAAUUUUGGCCUUUUGUGUCAUUUUAUUCUUUAUGUUAUUUGUGCAAAAUAGGCAAUGAAUUUUUGUUAGAGGUUAUUUUAAAUAUAAAUAUAUAACAAAGAAAAUAAAUAUCUUAAAGAAAGAAUGUCAUUAAUGAAUACAACAAUGGAUAACGAUAUUGAAGGAUCUGUAGUAUUAAAUAAAUUUAUUGUUAACCAACUGGGAUCCGAGAGGUCACAGAGUUUUAUGAAAGAAAAUUUAAGAUGUACUACGAAAUGUUUGGAAAAAUCUCGUUCUCUACGAAAGGAGGGCAAUGACCUCUAUGUUAAAAAGCUUGAUAAUCGACAAAUGGAAAAAAUAUUUAAACUCUACACAGAAAGUAUAGCAUAUGCACCCAAUGAUUCAAAAGAUCUAGCACUGGCCUUUGGCAAUAGAUCUGCUUUAUUAUACAAAAUGAACAAAUACAAAGAAAGCAUAAUCGACAUUGACAGAGCACUUGCUCUAACAACAUCUGAUUGGCAACUAAGAGUUAGGCUUCUAUGUCGUAAAGCUGAAUGUUUAGCUGCUUUAGGUUCAUCUGAUUGCAAAAAGGUGUACAAAGAAGCUGUUUCUUUGCUGCCUAAGAAUAUAGAUCAAAAUUCGAAAUUCAUUCUGUCUGCAGAUAGGGCUGUAAAUAAAUUUGAUGCAGUAGAGGCAAAAAAUAUUGAAAACCAAAAGAAAUGUGUGAAAAUUACAUCAAGAAAGAAAAUUGAAAAUCCUAUUGCACCAGCUGUUAAUGUACAGUAUGAUGAAAAUUAUGGUAAACAUCUUGUUGCUGCUCGAGAUAUUAAACCUGGAGAGAUAAUUUGUGUGGACAAAUUAUACGUAAGCUGUUUAAAUUUAAAUAAUUUUCAUGCUUAUUGCGAUCAUUGUUUCACCAAAUCAUGGGUAAACAUACCAUGCGAUAGUUGCAAUUGGUGCAUGUUUUGUUCUGAAGAAUGUAAAAAAUUAGCCUGGAUGAAAUAUCAUGAUUUUGAAUGUACUACUGUUUCAUACUUGUUAAGUAAUCAUGAAAUCGAUUACUAUGAUCGUCUUAGUUUAAGAAGUCUGUUAAAAGGCAUUAGAGAAUCAGGAAGUAUUUCAAAAUUUAAAGUAGAUUUACAGUCUGCUGAUAAAUGCAUAGAUGAAAAUGGCGAAAUACUACAAAGCAAUGGUUUUAAAGGAAUAUUUUCAACUACUCAAUGUAGGAAUAUUCCAACACGGUCUAUGCAAAAGUGUGUGAUCAACAGUGCAAUAGUUUUAAUUAUUUUAUCCAAAUACACUGCAUUUUUUGGAUCAAAUCACAAGUUUACACAAACUCAAGAUUUAUUAAAAAAUGAAGAUGUAUUAUUUGUAGGGUCCAUGUUUUUAAAAAUCAGAAAAAGUGCAACUAUUAGUACUCAUUUAAUUAAGAGAGAAAUUACCGAUUGUAAAUAUUCCAAUGAUUUCAGUCAGUAUAAACUAGAUGAUUGUUUUAUCAAAGGAGCUUGUUUGACACCAAUACAUUUUUAUAUAAAGCACAGCUGUUAUCCAAACACCAAGAAAUGUAUAACAAAUAAUCAGGAAGUAAUUGUUUUUGCACUUGAACCCAUUGAAAAAGACUCUCCACUGUUUAUGUCAUAUCAUGGAGCAUUUUAUGAACUUGAAAAACCAUCUAGACAAAGUUUGAUUAAACAAAAUAUGAGUAUUAUCUGUCAGUGUAUAGCUUGUGAACAAAAUUGGCCUACAUUAUACGAGUUGUACAAAAUGCCAAAGGAGAAACCACUUUUAUAUGCUAAGACCUACAACAGAAUAGAAUCAGAAUUAUUUGAUGAGAAUAAUGCUCUUGUAAAACCCAUAUUAAACUGCCAUGAACAAGUACAAUAUAAUCAAGCUACUUUAAAGCAGUUAACAAAGGCUAUGGAGAAAGCUCUAAAAUAUCUGGAACAGCCUUCUGUUGUCAUUAGCGAAUUAAUGAUUUGUUUGGAGAUAGUUUAUGAAAAGCUUGCCAAUUCAGAUUUGCUAUGCUGUGUAACAGGGUGAGACUUAACGUGAGAGGAGAAAAUCACAAAAGGAGACGCCGGGACCGGGAAUCGGAUCCGGCGCUCCCGAGAUCUCUAGGCGCGCGUGCUACUACCACUUGAGCCAACGCCGCCCAAUUUCGUCACUCUCUAUCCUGCCUCGAUUACCGGCGUGGCGAGGGACGUUGUUCCUCGUUACAGCUAAUAUCUUCAUGUCAACUAGUUUGUAUGUGUGUAUAUGUAUAUAAAAACACGUUUUACAUAUUUUUACUGCUUUUUUUAAAUCUAAUAAAAUUUUUUAUUGCUGACUGAUAUGAUUCUGUGAAACACUUGCUAUACGUUGGUUUACUAAAACUAGUAAUUCAUUUAUGUACAGUUUAUAAAGGUUAAUACAAGUUGGUUAAUAAAUAAAGAUUUAAAUAAUCGGA